UGUGGAGACCAGUGGCUACGUCACCCUCAAAUCGCCUGGGGUCCCGAAGAUAGAAAACUUUUCCCGAAGGCUGUGAAUUCGGAACACAAACCCUCCGGGACGCUCGUCUCUCGUCUCCAUGGCAACGCGGUAACGCGUCGGACGCCCAGCGUCGCGUCGCGUUGCCUGCGAGGGGGCGGAACCGGAGAGGAGCGACGGGUCUCCGGUCUCUUCCUGCCCGCAGAGGCGAGAUCGGUCGGAAGAUGCCAUUUCACGACGGAGCGUACUACCCGUACAUCAGUGACACCCAGGGGACCUGCUCGUCGGCGGGGAUCCCGUCCCUCCUGAAUUCGCCGAGCGGCAUGACUCCGUCCAGCGGCGCCUCCGCCUUCGCCCCCUUCAAGUUCCGCCCGCGGCGGGAGAGCGUGGACUGGAGGCGGAUCAGCGCCGUGGACGUGGACCUGGUGGUGAGCCAGCUGGACCUGGACGCCCUGCAGGAGCACAUCAGCGGCGUGACCUUCUGCAGCCUGGACGGCGAGCGGUGCCAGCGGUGCCAGAGCCCCGUGGACCCGGCUCUGGUCAAGCUCCUGCGGCUGGCGCAGCUCACGGUGGAGUGGCUCCUCCACUGUCAGGAGUUCCUCGCCCACAGCGUGCGCGCGGUGGAGGAGCGGGUGGCGGCGGCCGGCAGGGAGCGCGAGCAGCUGCUCGCCCAGCAGAAGAAGCGGGAGGAGACGGUGAAGACGCUCACCGCCGAGCUCAAGCAGCGGAAGAAAGUCAUCCGGACCCAGCAGUCCAUGCUGGCGCCGCGCAUCGUCAGCGGCCAGAAGUGUCCACAUUGUGAUAAAUCCUUCCUCAAUUCCUCGUUCCUCCAGAAUCACAUGCAGCGCCGUCACCCCGGCGAGUACGACACGGAGUGCCGCUCGGACAGCGAGAAGAGAUCUCAGAUGGAAAGCCUCAAAUCUGAGAUCAGCGGCCUGAAGGAGCAGGUGGUUCAGCAGCAGCUGGACUUGCAAGCCAAAACCGCUCAGGAGAAAGAGCAGCAGUCCGUGCACAAAGACCUGCUGAGGGAUCUGGACCGCUUCAAGGCCGAGGAGAUGGUGCGCAUGGACCGCAAGAUCGAGGACAGCCGGGAUGGCAUGCGCAGGGAGAUGGAGUUCCUCUACACCCGGAAUAUUCAGGCUCUCAAUGAAGCCAAUCAGAAUCAGACGGCCAAGCAUGAGAAACCGAGCAGCCCCGUGUACUCUCAGCCGGAGAGAGAUCUGGACAACUACAAAGAGAUGCAGACUCAAGCCAUGCAGAAGAUGGAACACCAGCUUAAGAAACAGGAUAAAAAGUGGGGAUCCCGGCUGCAGGAGAUACAGGAGCAGCACGAGUCUGAGAAGAACCGGCUGCUGAACGAGCUGAGCCGGAUGCAGUCGUCCGUGUCCGACCACCAGGAGAGCAGCCAGCGGCUGCAGCAGGAGAUGAGCCGGAGGCUGCAGGAGAGGGAGCACACCAUCCAGGCCCAGAGGGAGCAGAUAAGGAAUAUCUCCUCGAAUCCACCCACCAAGAUAGUGGAAGUACCAAUGAUGGUCAGUGCGCCGGCUCCGGAGCCCAAACCAAAGAGAGUGGUGCUCGACUCGAGCAGCUUCUCCGAGCGGAGGCCGGCGGAGAGGAGGCCCCCCGAGCCCGCGCCGGAGAAGAAGCCGAGGGCCACCGCCAGCGCUCUGAAAAGGAACCCCAACAUCAAGAGGGAGAUGCGGCCGGAUCUGGAGCAGGCCGUGGUGGAGAAGCUGGAGAACCUGGGAGUCAAGUCUGACCAGAGCGGCCUGAAGGACAGAGAGCUCAGCUCCAUCCUGGCCAAGGUGCACUCGAAGAGGGAGAGCGUCGCCAAGGGGCUGCCCGACUACUGGCGCCGGCGGGAGGAGAUCGCCGGCGCCGUGGAGCAGAAGCUGUGCGGCCAGAGAAGAGGCAGCGAGCCGGCGGCCGAGUCGCAGGCCAGGUCCAGACCGUCGGUUCAAGUGCUGCAGAUCCGGCCCCGGUCCAGCAGCCUGCCCUCCCGGGCGUCCCGGUUGGUGUCUGCGGUUAAACAGCCCAAGACCCCCCAGCCGAUACCGAGGACCAGGACCACCGCCAAGCCCAAGACAUCUACACCCAAGACCGCUCCGAGGACCUUCACAACCAGGACCCCGCCUUUCAGUUCGGGCGAGGAGUCCGACGACGUGGACACGGACGUCGAGGAGGACCGCCGGCACCAAAAACACCAGCGGGGCAAGUCGCCACAGCCCCGGCUGAGCCAGGUCCAGAUGGGAGCGAGCAGAGCCGGUCCGGUCCAGUCCAGGCAGGCCCACGGCCCGCAGUCCUUCGCCUCCAACCCCCAGCAGGCCCGGGGGGGCUCGGCGGUCGCAAAGAUGGAGAGCGACGAUGACGAGUGGUCCCAGGUCAGCGAGCUGCAGGAGAUCGACCCGAAGCGGCUCCAGAAUUUCAAAGACCAGAACGGCAACGUGGACAAGAGGAACUUUGGCAAAGAGAACAAAAUCAAUGACCUGGUUCGAAAAAUGGACAAGCAGGUAGCAGAGAGAGCCGUGAAGAAACCAGCAGGGGGCGUCAGCGUCUUACCGGAGAGGAAGGACGAGGUCCAGGAGCUCACGUACACGGACCUCGAGGAGAGCAGCGAGUGGGCGGUGUCCUCCUUUGAGGACAGACGGGAAGCGGCUAAGCCGGCUCCGGGCCACGGACCGGCGAGGAAGAGCCUGGAGUCGCCCAGCACCAGCGUGUGGGGCACCUCCACGGGGAAAGGUGCCAAAUCCGGUCUGACCGACGGCGGGACAGGAAGCACCCUGAAGAGCAGCCUGUGCUCCCUCAGCGACAUCAGCGACUCCGAGGACACGAGCAAUAAAUAGCAAACCGGUGACGUAGCGACACCCAGACCUCAGUGUGACACCCCACAUGUGACACCGCCAUGCACACGCCAAAUAGUCCUAUUUCAUUCUGUGGUGACACGGAGAGAGCAAGACUAGAUUUUGUGGAUUCAAAGAAAGCGCAUCUCGUGAAUCUGAUGGUUCAAUAACAUAACAUGUCUCACCUCGCGCCUCGGGCCAGUCGCUUUUCAACUUUUAUAUUUUUGUUUUUGUCUUUUCAUUUGGUAAAUUCAUUCUAAAUAUAACCCCAAACGCUCCAAAACAAGAUGCAUGUAUGCAGUUUGUGUCAAAUUUUAUAUCUCGCCUUCACGUGUGAAAUUUGAGCAAUGAGAUUUUUGUAAAGAAAAUAUUUAUGCGCGUAAUAAAAUGUCUAUGUGGAAUCAGAA